UGCCGCGCAGGCCCCGCCCCCGCCGGCCGCCAUGUUGGGGGGUGUGCGCGGGGGAGCGCAGAGCGGAGCUGCCCCCGCCGGCCGGCAGCAGCAGUAGCCUAAGCUCAGCCGCCGCGCUCCAUGGGCAGGAGAAGGGGGCCCGCCGCGGCUGCCCGCCGCCUCUGAGCCGGUCUCAGGGCCGGGGAAUGCGCAGCAGCUGGCGGCGGCUGCCCGGCUAGGAAGAGAGCCGGGACAUGGUGCCGUUCGCCCCGCUGGAGGACGCGGAGGAACCGGAGCCCUGUCACAAAAUGGAGCUGUACGUGAGCAGCGGCGAGCUAAAUGGCCUUAAAAUGGCAGAUGAGCCUAUGGAAGAAGGUGAACCAUAUUCCUACCACGAUGAAGGAAGUGUGAAAGAGAUUCCUAUUACACACCAUGUGAAAGAAGGAUGUGAGAAAGCAGAUCCAGCACAGUUUGAACUACUUAAGGUUCUUGGGCAAGGAUCAUUUGGAAAGGUCUUCCUCGUGCGGAAAAUAAUUGGUCCUGAUGCUGGGCAACUUUAUGCAAUGAAAGUGUUGAAAAAAGCUUCUUUAAAAGUUCGGGAUAGGGUUCGUACAAAAAUGGAGAGAGAUAUAUUAGUAGAAGUAAAUCAUCCCUUUAUCGUCAAACUGCACUAUGCCUUUCAGACUGAAGGGAAGCUGUAUUUAAUACUGGAUUUUCUCAGGGGAGGAGAUGUAUUCACGCGAUUAUCCAAAGAGGUUAUGUUUACAGAGGAAGAUGUGAAAUUCUACCUCGCAGAACUGGCCCUUGCUUUGGAUCACCUUCACAGCUUGGGAAUUGUAUACAGGGACCUGAAGCCAGAAAACAUUUUGCUUGAUGAAGCAGGACAUAUCAAGUUAACAGACUUUGGACUCAGCAAAGAAUCAGUAGAUCAAGAGAAGAAGGCCUAUUCUUUCUGUGGUACUGUAGAGUACAUGGCACCUGAAGUAGUAAACAGGCGAGGGCACAACCAGAGUGCUGACUGGUGGUCCUUUGGUGUUCUCAUGUUUGAAAUGCUUACUGGUACACUACCAUUUCAAGGUAAAGAUCGAAAUGAAACUAUGAAUAUGAUACUGAAAGCAAAACUUGGAAUGCCUCAGUUCCUCAGCCCUGAAGCACAAAGUCUCCUGAGGAUGUUGUUUAAAAGGAACCCAUCAAACAGAUUAGGAGCUGGUUCAGAUGGAGUUGAAGAAAUCAAGAGACAUCCUUUCUUUUCUACUGUUGACUGGAAUAAACUGUUCAGAAGAGAAAUUCAACCCCCAUUUAAACCUGCUUCUGGAAAGCCAGAAGAUACCUUCUGUUUUGAUCCAGAAUUCACAGCAAAAACACCAAAAGAUUCUCCAGGAGUCCCACCCAGUGCAAAUGCACAUCAGCUCUUCAAAGGAUUUAGUUUUGUUGCAACUACUACUGUAGAAGAUCACAAAAUAUCACCGCUCACCAAUAUCCUGCCAAUAGUACAGCAACUUCAUGGAAGCAGCGCACAGUUUACUGAUGUGUACGAGCUGAAGGAAGAUAUUGGGGUCGGUUCCUACUCUGUUUGCAAGAGAUGUAUACACAUAGCUACAAACAUGGAGUUUGCUGUAAAGAUAAUUGAUAAAAGCAAGAGGGAUCCCUCUGAAGAGAUAGAGAUUCUCAUGCGUUAUGGACAGCAUCCAAAUAUCAUCACUUUAAAGGAUGUGUAUGAUGAUGGUAGAUUCAUCUACCUUGUCACUGAGCUGAUGAAAGGAGGGGAGCUGCUCGACCGAAUUCUCAGGCAGAAGUUCUUCUCGGAGCGAGAAGCCAGCGCUGUGUUGUACACCAUAACUAAGACUGUGGACUACCUGCACUGCCAAGGAGUAGUGCAUCGAGACCUUAAACCUAGUAAUAUUUUAUAUACAGAUGAUUCAAAUAAUGCUGAUUCCAUAAGGAUUUGUGAUUUUGGAUUUGCAAAACAACUUAGAGGAGAAAAUGGACUGCUUCUAACUCCAUGCUACACUGCAAACUUUGUGGCACCAGAGGUUCUCAUGAGACAGGGAUAUGAUGCUGCUUGUGACAUAUGGAGCUUGGGUGUUCUUCUUUACACAAUGCUGGCAGGCUAUACUCCAUUUGCCAAUGGUCCUAAUGAUACUCCAGAGGAGAUCCUGGUACGAAUAGGCAGUGGAAAGUUCUCUUUGAGUGGAGGCAACUGGGACACUGUUUCAGAUGCAGCAAAGGACUUGUUAUCACAUAUGCUUCAUGUAGACCCACAUCAGCGGUAUACAGCAGAGCAAGUACUAAAGCAUUCGUGGAUAGCCUGCAGGGACCAGCUGCCUCAUUAUCAACUAAACAGGCAAGAUGCACCACAUCUAGUAAAGGGAGCCAUGGCUGCUACAUAUUCAGCACUGAAUCACAAGACAUUUCAACCAGUGUUAGAGCCUGUUGCAGCCUCAAGUUUAGCUCAGCGACGGAGCAUGAAAAAGCUAACAUCAACAGACUUGUAGAUCCACUGGGACACCUUAGCAAACAGAAGCAAGGGGAAAAUCCAAUAAGUGGCUCUAUUUUGCCUGACUUGUGAUCAAAAAGGCAUCUAUGGUUUCCUGCUACACUACUUGAAUUCUGUAAAAGUCCUUUUUUUAAAACAGAGAAGAAGAAAAGAAAAAAUCCACAGGUUCAUGCUGUGUUGUUUUACAGGCCGUAUCUGUUCAAUUAAUUUAAGCAUCAGGUACACCAUAAGGAAUUUCUCUACACUGUCCUUUAAGAGAUCUGUUGCAAAUAUUCUUUCAUGUUCUGUAUAGUUUUACUGGGUUCAUUCAAAAAAAAAAGGUUUAGGGGACCGUUGCCAAUGACCAAGUUGUACACAAAGUGUCAGUACGAGUUCUCUUUUUCACACCCUCAGACCCUGUUGUGAAAGUCAAGCUCUUAACUUUGUAAUUGGGCACUUAAUGAAUCCAGCUUAAUUCAUUUAACUUGUUUAUUGCCAUUAUGAAAAGCUGGCUAAUACAUUGUGCCAGUGUUAAAUGCAUCAGACUUCAUUUGGGAGGUCUGUGUUUGCACGGCGCCAGUAACUGGCAAGGUGGUGAAAAUACGAACAAAAGGGAUGUGUAAGACUCUGUAUGUGACCCAUCACCUGAAUUUGAUCACUUGUGACCCAAAAGAAGAGUCCAAACUGGUUAACAAAUGGCCUGUUCCAGGGACAUGAGUAUUUCUAGUUGUUACACAAGUGGUCUUGUGUCCAGCACUGAGCUGUGUGUAUAAACCGUCAGAACGAAGGUUCUCAGUAUCGGUACCAUUUGAACAACAUCAUGCAAUCCAAUCUUCUUUUAUUUAUAUUGUCUACCCAUCAGUUAUGUUACUGUUUCCUUGACAGGCAUUUCCACUGAAUAUCCCCACUGUUAAGUUUUGUUUGGCAUGUAAGACAAACUGACACUUUGUUCUAACAAACUUGGCACAUGGAUUUUACUUCCUAUUUAUUUGACUUUCAGAGAGCGUCGCUUCGAUCUGAAUCUCGCCGCAUGUACAAACAUUACAGAACAUAAAUGCAACAUUCUGUUUGCCUAACUGUAGGAGUAGCUUGGGAAAAUAAAUAAGACUUGCAGAGUGCCCAGAUAAGGGAAUUCUGACCAGGGAAUCUCACAGGUAUGGACAAGUGACUGACCAGAACCUAUUGGCAGCACUUGCUCACCCUCUCUGCCUUGGUGUUAAGACUUAAGCUGUUUGUAAAUGCUGUGCUGGAGAGAAGUUAAUUUCAGGGCCAGAAUUAUCUGGGGAUUUUCUGACUCCAAACCAGUGCUACCUGCUCACAGACUGGGAAGUAAUGUGUUCAAAGAUGAUAAUCUUAAAAUUAUUUUCAAAAGCACUGCUGUGCAACUGUACUGUCAUAACAGGAUGAUCUGCAGAUCAAUGAAUUGGUGGCAGACUGAAGUUUAGAGAAUUCCAGCGACCAAAAAGCAUGUGAAGUUCAGAUUGAUUUGCUGUCAUUGAAUUUCCUUUUGGUAGGCA